AUGGCAAGGGAGCCAGCGACAGCGGCAGCGGGAACACACGCAGCAGCGGAGGCACCGGCUGCGAUGGCGGCCGGGAAGCCGGCGGCAGCGACGGAGACGCCGACAUCGGCAGCGACAGAGGCACCGGCACCGACACCGGCAGCGGCAGCGACGGAGGAAGCGGCAGCGCCUGUGACGGCAGCGCCAGCGACAGCGUCGAAAGAACCGGCAGCGGACACGGAAACAGCGACGCCAGCAGCGCGGUCGACAGCGACGCCAGCAGCGCGGCCAUUCGCCGAGGCCAUACAGAGGAGCCAUAUGGAACAGCACGGCAGCAGCAGCAGAGGGCGAGGAGCCAGCGACAGCGGCAGCGGGAACACACGCAGCAGCGGAGGCACCGGCUGCGAUGGCGGCCGGGAAGCCGGCGGCAGCGUUGGAGACGCCGACAUCGGCAGCGAAAGAGGCACCGACACCGGCAGCGGCAGCGGCAGCGACGGAGGAAGCGGCAGCGCCUGCGACGGCAGCGCCAGCGAAAGCGUCGAAAGAACCGGCAGCGGACACGGAAACAGCGACGCCAGCAGCGCGGUCGACAGCGACGCCAGCAGCGCGGCCAUCAGCCGAGGCCAUACAGAGAGCCAUAUGGAACAGCAGCACAGUCGGCGAGCAGCAGCAGAGGCGCGACGUGAGGAGGAGCGGCGACGCGAGGAGGAGGCCCGAAGGAAGGCAGCAGAGAAGGCGCAAAGGGAGGUGGCGCUGAACAAGGUCAUAAUGCGGUAA